AUGUAUAGGCGAGGAACUGUCCCUCAGGGGGGCGGCAUCCUCGGCGCCUUGAAGGCGACCGAAAUGCUGGAUUCGAGGCCGAGUCUCCCAGCAGAAAUCCUCGUCGCUAUCCUGGAUUACCUCCCCGUCGCGGACCUAAUGCAGGUUGCACGAGCGUCUCGCCGCAUGCAGGAAAUGGUCUACGAUGAUACAAGAUGGGUGGCCAGAUUGAAGAGUAUGGGAUGCUGGAACGAGGCCGAGGCUAGACAGCGGUUUGAGGAGGCCAUGCGGAGGAGGCGGGAAGCUGCCGAACGAGCUGCGAAUAGCGCUGCCGUGGGCCAGCCGGGCGGCCCCGGAAGUCACACGGCAUCGAAACCCACGAGUACGACCCUAUUUGAUGCUACGGUCGAAGAAGAGCGCCGAAAACGCCAAUCCGUGGCGCCUCCAGUUGAUGGGUUUGAGAGGAUGACUGUCGGCGCUCCGGUAGCCAAGGACCCUUUUAAAGACCCGGAGGCACUACUCGAUGUAAUCAAGAAUUCGAGGAGCAUAAGGGGCCACGCAAGGGAAGAGUACGGCAAGAUCUAUGGCGCACUGGCGCCCUUCUAUUUCGACUUGGCGAGGGCGAAGAGUCACACGGAUCCUAUCGUCUUCCAGGUGUUCAGGGACCCAGAGCGACAGGCCAAGAUGCUUUCGAACCUGCAGCUAUUUGCGAAAAGCGACUGGGCGCAAGGGUGGAACCAGCGAGAGGAACGACUUACGACCAUGAUGAGCAUUUUUGAGAGCGCGGUGCUUCGGGAGUUUGAGCAGGGUUACGAGUUUUGGGACGUCGACGGCCGGAUGAAGCGAUACGCGCACGUACUGCACUCUCUGAACGGCGGCAACGCUGGAACAGACCUUUUUAUUCAGAAGCACCCAAUCUUCAGCGAUCGCGACAUCUUGACGGCAAAUUCGGUGGAUUGCAUCAAUCAAGCCAGCGGUGACGAGAUCAACUUGGAGCCUUCACGACUGUUUUUCGAGAUGCUUUUACGAAAAGUCAAUGAGCACGCGGAGGUCAUCGGCCGCAUAUUCGCCAAUCCCGAUGUUGUCUUUUGGGAGUUCAUGGACAAAGUCAGGGAGGACAUCAUCAUGGAGUACGUUACACCCCUGUUUGACGCAACGCACGACAGGAAUCUGUCAUGGUAUUUGAGGGCGGUGGCGGGUGUGUUUGAGCAGGGCAUGCUUUUCUUCCAGUCUCUGGUACCGCCAAAGAGUUUCAAGGGCAACCUCGAAGACAAAGCAAAAGAGAUGAUGUUGAGAGUUUUCGAACCACAUCUCGACCUGUACUUGCAAGAGGAACUCGACUUCUUCACAACCCAUGCUGAGGCCGAAGUCGCGGAGUGGGAGAAGAAACUCUCUGAGCAGGACGCGUCUGUUGAAUCGUUCUACAUGAGCAACUUCAAUCGACAAGCGGACAAGAAGGACUUUUUGAGUUCUUUCAAGAAGGUGGUCAUGAUGCCUGUUACUGUACUGCCUACUUUUGGGAGUGCGACGACGGCAAAGCCCGCAACACCAAAUGGCACGUCUGCCCUCUCCCCUCAGCCUUCAAGACCACACACUCCCAGUCUGGCUCCUAACACGGAUGGCAACGGACGUCUGAGCCCAUUGCCUGAGAAAGCUCCAACCGACGAACUAGCUGCCAAGGCGGCACUCAUGGCGUCUAGAAUGGAAGGUAUCAAGACACUUUUCAGCAUCGAAGUGGCGCUCAAUUUGACACACGUCGCAAAAACAAGCAUGGGUCGCGCGUCGAUGUUCAUCAAAUUAGGCGGUCAGUAUGGCGAAGAAGCUCGCGAGCAAUGCGAAACCAUCUUCGUCGUGCUACUGCGCAUCCUCGGUAACAAACACGUCAAGGUCGGCUUCGACAAGGCCGUCGAGCACCUCUCCCACUACAACCCGCGAGAGGUCAGUGACCACAAUCAAUCCGGCGUCGCACCGUUGGUCACCUUUAUUGAGCUGGUCAACGUCGGAGACCUCAUCUCGCAGAUGAUCGACGUCUUCUACGAGCAGCAGCUCGCCGGUCCCAAAAUUGCGGACCGGAACGACUUCCUCGACCCCGCCGGCAUCGCCAAGAAGAAGUGGGAGCAGAUGCUCGACGAGAGCGUCGCGGCCGGCUUGAACAAGGGCAUCGAUGUGCUGAUGGACGAGGUCGAGUAUCUCCACGGCACGACGCAACAGCCGACCGACUACAACCCCACCGAUACUGGCGGCAUUCUCGCCGAUCCAGGCCCGACGCAAACGGCGCAGCGCAUCAAGGACCUCGUCUCCUCGCACACGCGUAUGCUGGUCGGCACAACCGAGAAAUCGAUGUUGGAUGUCUUCAACGGCGAGGUAGGGCUUCGGCUGUUCACAGCCGUGUGCAAGCAUCUCAAGCGGCAGCGCGUCAGCACGGAAGGCGCAAUCAAGCUGAUAGCGGAUAUGAACCUAUACUUCGAGUACAUCCGCACUCUGAAAAACCAGGAUCUUCUGGCCUACUUCAAGGCGCUGCGUGAACUGAGCCAAAUCUAUCUCAUCGACGCCCGGCAUGCCAAAGAGAUGGCCACUAUCAUAGCAGAUGGAGACCGUUUCGAAGGUGUGUUCCGAGCGGAAGAGGCGUAUGAGUUCGCUCAACGCCGGGCGGAUUGGUAUACCGUCAGAAAAGACGUCGAAAGAGCCAUGUAUGGAAUGGAAUGUUCACUCAUGUAG